AUGUCUGGAUUUUUUAAUGCCUUUUUUGCAAUACAACCAAUGCAACUCGAGCGAAGAAAGAGAACAAAUAAAGAUAAGAGUAUACUUCCCGACGUCGAGAAUUCAUUAAGUCAACUGUACUAUAGCGAAGACAAGCGACGCAACAGUGACACGAAAACAUGGAGUAAGUUUUCGUAUAAAUGGUGUACAAAUCAUUUGAAUUGGAGUAGAGAAAAUAAAACCGAGCGGAGCUACAGAAAAAACAUAGCUAGGCAAGUAAGCACUCCAGAUAGCGCACCAGCAGGCCUAGGAAGUCCGCAAGGAGGCAUAGGAGGUCUCCAGCAGCACCAGCCUCAGCAACAGCAGCAGCCGCAGCCGCCUCAGCAGCAGCCUUUACACACAGACCCGAUGCAGCAAACAAAGGACGGUCUAAACUCCGCGAGUCAGCAAGCCGGAGCUCUCAGGAACGGGAACCCUCCACCGCCAGUUGUUUCCAUGUCACCUGGAGUAAUACCAUUUUAUGGUGACAGUAGCGCCGGAUUCCGGCCAACUGCUGGUUUCAGUAAUGCCGUAUGGCAUCAGGGUGUUACGCCUGUAGGCGCAGUCACCGUGGAAGCAACAACCGCGACAUGGCCACCGCAACAAUUUAUUCAACAGAUACCUGCGCCAAAUCAGCUUGAUGAAUUAAGGUAUCACACACAAUACAGCGCUGCGACUCCAUACCAUCCACAACCAGUGGCGUAUCAACAGCAGGCGUUCAUCGCAACAGAUCAAUCGGCAUUCCAGCGCGCGGGUAGCACGGGACAAUACGGAAUCCCGGGGCAGCCGUCGCCGCUGGCACCGGUAGCGCCCCAAACAGGGGCUGCUCCUCCCCAACGUGCACUCAACGGGCAAUUCAUGGACCCCGCGGCAACGCCGGGACAACCGAUAGGCUUUGAGACCCGUCAGGAGUACGUCAACGGGUAUCAGCAGCAGAUCGAAUGA